AUGUUCAUGGCUGGAUGCAUCUGGUGCUCACAAGCGGGUUCAAUGAACAGCCUGCUCGGCGGUCGAAUCCUUGGCGCCUUUGGUGCUGGUGCAGUCCAAGCUGUUGGUCCCGCUGUCGUAGGAGAAAUAUUCUUAGAGAAGAACUACUCUAAGGCAAUGGGUCUAUAUGCUGCGAGUCUCUGCAUCGGAGCUCAGGGCGGACCUCUUAUCGCCGGGCACCUGAUCGAAGCCAAAGGAUGGAGUUGGUUCUUCAUCCUCCUCGCAAUUCUUAGUGGCUUCAACUUCCUUACUCUGGCAUUCUUCUGCCCAGAGACUGCUUUCAAUGUCGAGAUUGAGGCGGGCGCUACUAGUGCUGAUGUCGAUGCCGAUAUCCUUGACCAGACCACUGGCCUUGGUCGCACCCAGAGCUCGCUUACCACGUGGAAGCAGAACUCUUUCUACUUGAGCCACCCCCACGUGCGAGGCGGGGGUUUGAGGCAAUGGUUUCUUUCGUUCUUGCUGCAGAUCGAGUUCAUGUUUGAUCCCAUUGUGAUUCUCUCUGCCGGUAUGUGGGGAAUUGUGCUAGCUUGGGUUGCCACUAUCUCAGUCAUAUCAAACCAGCUGUUCGCCAUGCCGCCUUUCCUCUGGGGACCCGCUGAACUUGGAAACUGGGCUUGCACGAGUUUAGUAGGUGUGGCCAUUGCCUUUCCCAUCGCGGGACCCUUGACCGACACUGUCUCCUCAUUAAUCGGCCGCCGGAAGGGAAAGCAUAUGCCUGAAUACAGACUCAUUACUCUGGCGGUGCCUUUCUUGUUCUCUUCAUCUGGCCUAUUACUAUUUGGGUACACAUACACAAAGGGUUCUUAUGUUGGGCCAGCUGUUGGCUAUGCGAUGCAAGCCGCAAGCCUCAUGCUCAUUCCUACCUCUGUCCUAUCCUACGGUAUCGAUAGCUAUCCUUACGAUGCGGCCGAGGUCACCGCUCUGAUGAAUGCUGUCACCCAUAUCAUUCCCUUCGGGCUGACAAAGACGGUUUCCAACUGGCUUGCCAGAGUCGGUGUGGAGAAGAUGUUUCUGCAGAUGGCAAUCAUUCAGUGGGCUUUGCUAGCCGGCUUUACCAUCGUUCUUAUUGUAUUCGGGCCGUGGAUUCGGGUCAAGGCCGCCUAUGUUCACCAGCACUAUGGCGCCAAGAGAUUUCUGUAG